UCUGUUUGUCUCAUCAAAGCCACAGAACAACCAGCCAUGUCCAAGACCACAGAGCCACAGACACAAAGCGUGUCCAGCAGGCAGCGAUGUCCACAGGCCAGUGGACUGGAGAGCAUGGCGCCGCUGGUACGUUCUGUGGAGGAGACCCCUGAUCCAAUCCCCACCACCAUCAGGGGAACUGUUCCAACCUGGAUCAAUGGGAGCUUCCUGAGGAACGGUCCUGGGAAGUUUGAAUUCGGGAAAGACAGAUACACCCACUGGUUUGACGGCAUGGCCAUGAUGCACCGGUUCCACAUCUGUGAGGGCAAUGUCACCUACAGUAGCAGAUUCCUGAGAAGUGACUCAUAUGUCCGCAACUCAGAGAAGGACCGCAUCGUGGUGUCGGAGUUCGGGACUUUAGCCAUGCCCGAUCCCUGCAAGAACAUCUUUGCACGCUUCUUUUCACGCUUUCAGGUUCCUAAGGCCACAGAUAACGCCAGUGUGAACUUUGUCAAGUACAAAGGCGACUAUUAUGUCAGCACAGAAACUAACUACAUGAGACGAGUAGAUCCACAGACCCUGGAGACAAAGGAGAAGGUGGACUGGAGUCAAUACAUUGCUGUCAAUUCGGCUACAGCUCAUCCACACUAUGACCGUGAAGGGGCAUCGUACAAUAUGGGCAACUCCUACGGCAAAAGCGGUUUCUUCUACAACAUCAUCCGUGUGCCUCCUCCUGAGGACAAGGCAGCAACGGAGGACUCUGCAGACCUGAAUGGCGCUAAAGUGAUCUGCUCCAUCCGUGCAGCUGAAGCCAGAAGACCCUCCUAUUAUCACAGCUUUGUCAUGUCAGAGAACUACAUUGUGUUCAUCGAGCAGCCAAUCAAGCUGGACCUGCUGAAGUUCAUGCUGUACAGAAUCCAGGGAAAGAGUUUUCAUAAAGUCAUGACCUGGGAGCCGCAGUAUGGAACGGUCUUCCACUUGGUCGACAGGCACACCGGCAAGGAGAGUGAAGUGAGGUACCAUGCAGCACCCAUGUUCACACUGCAUCAGAUCAAUGCUUAUGAAGACAACGGGUUCUUGGUAAUGGACAUGUGCUGUGGCGACGAUGGUGAGGUCAUUGGAGACUUCACGCUUGAGAACCUCCGCAGAGAGUCAGGAGAGGAAAUGGACAAGUUUUACAACUCGCUGUGCAGAAACCUCCCAAGGAGAUACGUCCUACCCCUGACUGUGGAUGAACAAACACCUUUGGACCAAAAUCUUGUCACUCUGCAUAACUAUAAAGCCACAGCAAAGAAGACAAAGCCAGGGGAGGUCCUCUUGACCCAUGAGGAGCUUUACGAUGACGAGCUGCUUCAAUACGGUGGACUUGAGUUCCCUCAGAUCAACUAUGAGCAGUACAAUGGCAGACCUUACCGCUACUUCUACUCCUGUGGCUUUGGACACGUCUUUAGCGACUCCCUGCUCAAGAUGGAUGUACACACCAAGGAGCUUAAGGUGUGGCGUUAUCCCGGCUUGUACCCGUCUGAGCCUGUCUUUGUUGCUUCGCCCAAAGCUACUGAAGAAGAUGACGGAGUGGUCCUGUCAGUCAUCAUCACACCGAGACACGAGAAAAGUACUUUCCUUCUUGUUCUGGAUGCCAAGACAUUCACUGAACUGGGCAGAGCUGAGGUCCCUGUCAAUGUCCCAUACGGGACCCACGGUGUGUUUAACCAGAUGGGCUAGACGUGCCGCUGUUUGCAGCUCGGCGGUAAAUUGCUGAAAUUGAACCGGCAACCAGCCACAGAAGAGAAUAUCUCUGUUGAUGUCGUCGCCUGAAAAGUCCCUGAGCUGUAAAAGAAGAAGAAAAGAAAUAAGAACUGAAGAAAAAACCUCAAAAAUCUGCAGACUCAUGCUAUUUGUUUGUGCCUCUCUGAUAGAAAGAGGUACAUGUCCUCCCUGUGUGCUGCCACAACAGUCAGAAAGAUGGCGAUCUUUUGGAGACUAACAAGACAGAAAGCCCAGCAUGGCGUCAGCACGCUGAAGUUUGUCCUCUGUGUGUUCUUAUGUGCUCUUGUAAGAUAAUGUAUGAAACAGCCUUCAGACAAUGGCCAGAGCACCACGUGAAUUAUGCGUACUUGGAAGGACUAAUAAUUUAUGUGGAAACAUUAAAAAAAAAUCCAACUACAUGAAAGCCAAUACUCACAUUAAAAUAAAAUCCAUUUCCCCCUUUUUUUCCCUGUUUAAACCCAUAGUGUUUUUGCAUCAUCACGCCACUUGAAACGGUAUACUCCCAGUGCGAACAGAGCAGCACUUAGGAUACAUAAAAAUGCAUCAGAGGAAAUUCAAUUUCUGUCAAAGUAAUGUGAUAGAAAUGGACAACGUCUGAAAUGCCUGGAAAACAAAUGGAUCUAACUGGUCGAUAGCCUCCAGAGAGUCUAGCAGAGGUCACAUCACAAAUGCAGUGCUGUUUAUACGCUCAAAACAACCCAAAACAAAGUUGACAUACACAUAAACACUGACAUGUAGGACCUUGUGCGCGACCGAGCGCAGUUUGUCGCUCCAUUGUAUUAAACCACGCUGUGUGAAAACAAAGCACACAUGCCCCUACGCAGAAUGUGAAGCAGCCUACAGCAGCGCUUGUCACUCCACCGACUUCACGAUUGACUUCGCUGAUGCUUCCUUCAUCGGUUAUUUUCCCUCUCACAUUGAUCUGAACUGAUUGAUUUGAACUGACUCCGGGCUCUGCACCUGAUACAGGCAUUAUGGCUGCGUGAAAGCCAAGAGGUUUCAAAUAUUGUGACCCACAUAUAUAUUUCUUUUUUUCCUUUUUUAAUAUUUCAAAAUUGACUUCCAGUCAUGAGUUACACUUACAGAAGUUUUAAUGAUAUUUUGCAACAGCAAGCUCUAACCUUCGGUAAUUUAUGACUGUACAGUACACACAGGCAGAGGUUUCAUCUUUAGCUUUUCUUAUUACACUGAACUGAAUAAAACCGGAGGGAACAGAGCAAUAGUGUACUGUUUAAAUUAAUCUAAUACUGGGAAUUAACAACACUUAUGUUUUUUUGCAUGUUAUCUACUCAACUCGAGCUGCGUCUCCUAAUAAGCAUGCUGUACAGGUCUCCCAAGAUACACGUUAAUUCGCCCAUAAUUCCUAAUCUAAUCAGUCAUGCUUAACCUCUGUGUGUGCUCGGCUGUGUGUGUCUGUGUGUGUGUAUCUGUGCACAUACUGUAUUUUCAGGUUCAUUAGUACUCUCUCAAACGAGCGUGACCAGCAGAGAGAGAUACAGCGACCUUUGGCCUCAGAUAAUCCAAAAGCUAAAUUUUGUGUUUGCAUAGCAAACCCUUAUCAAUGUUGCCCUUUUAAAUUUAAUGUAUUAUUGGAUGACAUGCCAAACAAAAGGAUCAAUGGUUCAUUCAAGGUGUUUUCCUAGAUAAUUAACACUUUGAUGGCUUAAUGUGUCAGACUCGCCUGGCUUGAGUUUGAAUGAUUGAACACUGUACACACAAAUAAACUUGCAUACACAACAUUUGUAUGCAAGCGUGUCUGUCCUGCUUUCAAGGUGACAGUUACAGACUCUCUAAGCUCUUAUUUGACCCAUGAGAGUAGCAUGAGCUCACUCACAAACCCCGUCCUGCUGUCUCACUAAGCACAAGUUAUUGCACGGAGUCUUAACUCUGACUGUUAUCUGUAUCGUUAUUUCAUAUCCCAUGAAUUCAUAAUGAUAUCAUCUAUAUUCACCAUAUUAGGCACACUUCUCAGAGGCACAGUCUGAUUUCCCUCAAUAGUGGGAACAAUGUCUUCUAUAUCCAGAUUUGUCAUUCCCUAUCUUCACAGUCUUGUGGGAGCGUGGUUAUCUGACAUACAGAUUAUGUGCAUCUGCAUGCGCGCGCGUGUCUGCAAGCGCUUCCUCCAGUGCAAAUAACUAUAUGAUUAUUUAUAAAAGUGUGCAUGCAUAUGUGUGUGUGUGUGUGUGUGUGUUUCUCUGUGGGCUCCCUCUCUAAUUGUACAUGAGGGAAAAAAAUAAAAAAACUGGGGAUGCUUUAUGAAGUCAGAAUGGAGCAAUUACAUACCCAUGGAGGGGGUGAAUCGUGCAAUGUCAACAAGAAUUAACUGCCACCACGGACGUGACAGGCUGGCUCAAGAAAAAAAAAAAAUGUGAGGACAGGAUUUAUCCAUAUUGCACUAUCAUGGAUGGAAAUGCCUGAAUAAGAACCCACAAUACAGAUUUAGUUGUUUUUAUUCACUGUAUUCGCAGCUAAUGUUUCUGUCUUCGCUUCUUUUUUUUUCGUCUUAUUAGAAAUGUAUUUUGCCUCCUGAGCCUACUGCUCAAGCAACUGUGAACUUUAGACAGUUUAUGCAGCUGCUCCUUAGUGAAAAAUUACU